AGGAAGAUGGGAGAAUUUGACAGUUGGAACGCAUUUUACACAGAGGAUUUUACUGCCUGGGAACAGGGGCUCGAUCGACCCUACGGAGGCUCGUCGUCUCGGGCUUCGUGUGGCGCGUACCGAAAGCACGUGUAGCGGUAGUAGAGUAGAAGAAACCUUUGCGAGCUGGCGCCGGCGACGGGCGACGGGCGACGGAGGGCAGAGAGGGCCAAGAGCCAAGAGCCAAGGGCAACAAAGCAGAGCGAGAGGCUAGCGGCGUCGAAAAUUCGAGGCCCCUCGGAGGUCGGAGGUCGGAUGGAUGGCUGAAACUCGAAGCGCACUACUGUACUCUCCUUAUCUAUCCGCCACCGUUUCCACCUCCAAGUGCAGCUCCCCCCAUCUAAUCUACCCGACCCACAUAAUCCCACCGCAGCCUACACGCGAGUGAAUGUUCGUUCUGAUCACGGAGCCCGCUCACUAGCCCCCUCCCCCACCCCGACCCCGUCCCUCUCUCCACGCCGGCCCUUCCGAGAUUCUAUAUUACUGCCCCGCGCAUCUCUCGCUUGAACUUGUCAGUGAAUGCGCAGCGGCGUUCGGACGAAGCCCGGCAGACACAGACACAGAGAGAGAGAGAGGGGGGGAGGAGAAUUUACGUCUGCGCUAGAACCUACCGACUGUACACCAACCGUGGGAGAGAGGGGGUUUAUGUUUCAAGGCUCAACAGAUACAGAGACUGCAGUACGACGACUACAUUGCCACCUACUGACUGUGGCGACGCACUCGAUCUGGUUUCGACUCUGCCGCUGCUGCAUUGCAUCAUAUCGCAGAGCUGUGCGGUGCAUGCGAGGUACAGUGUCAAGAAUCUACGGGCCCUGUAUCCUGAUCAGACGUAAAAUUGCGCGUCUUUGCUCGCUCGCUCGGUUAGGUAACAGCACGAGAGGGGACAGCCCUGCGCCAACAUGGUUUAGUGAGGGUGGGCGUGGUAGUUGAGGUCGAGUCUGAAUAGCUGGAGUCGAUAGAUCCAUCCUUCGAAUUUUUUUCCACUCCUCCAAUCGAGCUAGAUGCACUGUGAAUGCGAUGGGGUCUCCGACUAUCUGGUGUUAUAGACGACCGCAGAUGAGAUAUUGAAUUGGCCCGUGAGCGAUGACGCUCUUCCGCAGGGACUGCCAAGCCUUGUCGGUUCUCCUGGGACUGUGGUUGUGCACUCUGGCUCGAGCAACUUCCGUGGGCGACAUUUCUCCACAAUGGGUCAAAGGUUCAUUAUCGAUCAAAUUCUAUGAGCAGACUUGCCCGCAGCUAGAUGGCAUCGUCAAAGCUGCAGUGACUCAAGCCUUGAACACCGACCUCACCCUCGCGGGCUCUCUAGUUCGAAUGGCAUUCCACGACUGCUUCGUGCGGGGAUGCGACGCCUCGCUGCUGCUGGACUCCACUCCCGCGCAGCAGGCGGAGAAAACGGCGGGACCGAAUCAGAAUUCCCUCCGGGGCUUCAACGUUUACGACGCGAUCAAGAACGCGGUGGAGACGGUGUGCCCCGGCGUGGUGUCGUGCGCCGACAUCAUCGCGCUCGUGGCUCGAGAUUCCGUCGUCGCGACAGGAGGCCCGACUUGGCCCAUCUAUCUGGGCCGCAGGGAUGGCAUCGUCUCGUCGCAGCAGGAGGCCAACAGCCAAAUUCCAGCCGCGACGCUAGGCUACUCGCAGCUCAUGGCCGCUUUCGCCAAUGUGGGCCUUUCUCAGCAUGAUCUCGUCACGCUCUCAGGUGCUCACACGCUGGGGAGGGCUCAGUGUUUCUUGUUCAGCAAUCGACUGUACAAUUUCACGGGGCAAGGCGACACGGACCCGACCAUUGACGCUACGUUCGCCGCGCAGCUCAAGGCGGCGUGCCCGCCCAAUCCUCCCACCGCUUCCUUCGUUCCGCUGGACAGCACGCAGAACAUUUUCGACCGGAAUUAUUACACGGACGUUCUGGCCGGACGAGGCGUGUUCCAGUCGGACGCCGCCCUUCUGACUGCGCGCUACCCGCUGUCGAUCAUCACCGCCAUCUCGCAGGACCCCACCAACUUCUUCAAGGAUUUUCCCGUGUCCAUGAACAGAAUGCUCGCCAUCGGCGUCCUGACGGGCACGCAGGGCGAAAUUCGCAAGAAAUGCAAUGUUGUGAACUCGUAGAAAUCCUUUCCCCCGACUAGAAUCAAUCAAUCAUGAAUCAGUUAGAUAGGUAGGUAGACGAAACUUGUGUACCCUGAGUAUAUUCGGUCCUACGCUCACUGAACAUACAUUACAGUUACAAUUCUUAUAUUUGUUUCUCCUUCGAUUCAUGCCGGUUGAGCGAGAGGAUCAUCCGCGCUGUAAAAUUUCUCCAUCUAAUAAGCUGCUGCCGCUGCCGCCAUGGCAACCGAGUUGUACAAACGACUGAGAUUCGGCACUGAAAUGUAAUAGUGAUACUCCCGCUGUCAUGAACUCCGACACCAGCAAUG